AUGGAGCAAACCAAAGCUCUCAACGCUCUCGAGCCAUUCCUGGCCCUCAGCAAAUCAGCAACAUCCCCCCGCGCCGCCGCAGACCUGAUAACCCGCGCGACCUCGAACCCAAACACCUUCCUCUUCACAGAGCUCCUCUCGACCCCGCAGAUCCAAGCCCUCCAGGACCAACCGGACUUCCUCCACCACCUCGCCCUCCUCAACAUCUUCUCCCACGGCACCUACGCCGAGUACCUCGCCGCCCCGAAAGGCACCGACGGCGGCCUCCCCGCCCUCAACGACGCCCAGACCCUCAAGCUGCGCCAGCUCACCCUCCUCUCCCUCGCCCGCGACCGCCAGAACCUCUCCUACGACGCCCUCCGCUCCGCCCUCGCCCUCGACUCCGCCCGCGCCCUCGAGGACCUCGUCAUCUCCGCCAUCUACGCCGGCCUCCUCGACGCCACCCUCGACCCCCACCGCCAGGUCGUCCAGGUCAACUCCCUCGCCGCCCUCCGCGACCUCGCCCCCGGCGCCGUCCCGCCCAUGAUCCGCGCCCUGCAGGCCUGGUCCGCCCGCUGCGAGUCCACCCUCGGCGACCUCGAGUCCCAGAUCGCCGGCAUCCGCGAGGGCGCCGCCGGCCGGCAGAGGGACAGGGCCGCGCAGGAGGCCAGGCUGGCCAGGCUGGUCGACGAGACCCGCAAGGAGCCCGAGUCGCGCAAGCUGGCCGUCGGACACUCGCAGGCCUCGAGGGCUCUGCGGUACAAGCGGGGCAGCACGAGCAUGGCCAAUGCCAACGCGGAGGAGGUCGACGACGAGGCCAUGGACGUUGAUGAGGAGGACGACGAGCAGGAGAAGAAGCGGGCGAGUCGGCGGAAGCUUUAG